AACUGUGAUAUUUAUCGUUUUGUUCAGCCUGUCGUAUUAGGAAACUGGUAGGUCUAAGUUUUUCUGUUACAUAUUGUCAAUUACAGUUUGGUUAAAAUGAAUCGAGACAACGAAGAUGCUAAUAUGGCAGAUGAUGAGGAAUCUGCAGACCGUGAAUUUGAUACUAACGGUCAGAAACCUGAAAAAAUGUUUACAUUAAAGAAAUGGAACGCUGUAGCAAUGUGGAGUUGGGAUGUGGAAUGCGAUACCUGUGCCAUUUGUCGAGUACAGGUUAUGGAUGCUUGUUUGAGAUGCCAGGCCGAAAAUAAGCAAGAUGAUUGCGUUGUUGUGUGGGGCGAAUGUAACCACUCCUUUCACAAUUGCUGUAUGUCUCUAUGGGUGAAACAGAAUAACAGAUGUCCCUUGUGCCAGCAAGACUGGCUUGUUCAAAGAAUAGGAAAAUGAUUUCAGCUGUACUUGAUGGCAAUUUUGUAUUUAUUAUACACUAUGUAAAUAGUCAUUAUUUUUAAUGCUUUUAGUUGAGAUUUAUCUGAUUGUGUAAAAAAAAAAAAAAAAAAAAAUGCUAUGAAUAAAUCUGUUAGAACAAUU